UCGUCCCUGCGCAUGCGCGCGCUCACGCUACUUCCCAGCAUUCCGCGUAUGGGCGGAGUGUAAAGCGUCAGAUCGUUUGAUCCGGAAACGACAGCGGUAGCGGAGCUGACAGGACCGAGGGGCCGCCGUUAGUGGGUACGCCGGGAUCCGAGCGAGGGGAGCGUGACCCGGAAACGGAAGCGAGCCUCCGUGCCAGCUCCGCUCAGCCUUACUCUCCCAGACCUGCCAUUGUACUCUUAACCAUGGACCUGUUGUUUGGACGCCGGAAGACGCCAGAGGAGCUGCUGCGCCAGAACCAGAGGGCUCUAAAUCGUGCCAUGCGAGAGCUAGAUCGGGAGCGACAGAAACUGGAGACCCAGGAGAAGAAAAUCAUUGCAGACAUCAAAAAGAUGGCCAAACAGGGGCAGAUGGAUGCUGUGCGCAUCAUGGCAAAAGACCUAGUGCGAACACGACGCUAUGUGCGCAAGUUUGUAUUGAUGCGCGCCAACAUCCAGGCUGUGUCCCUAAAGAUACAGACACUUAAGUCCAACAACUCAAUGGCACAAGCGAUGAAGGGGGUCACCAAGGCCAUGGGCACCAUGAACAGACAGCUGAAAUUGCCCCAGAUCCAGAAGAUCAUGAUGGAGUUUGAGCGGCAGGCAGAGAUCAUGGACAUGAAGGAGGAGAUGAUGAAUGAUGCCAUCGAUGAUGCCAUGGGAGAUGAGGAAGAUGAAGAAGAGAGUGAUGCUGUAGUAUCCCAGGUCCUGGAUGAGCUGGGACUGAGCCUGACUGACGAGCUGUCAAAUCUCCCCUCCACUGGAGGCUCACUCAGUGUGGCUGCUGGUGGGAAGAAAGCAGAGGCUACAGCCUCAGCACUGGCUGAUGCGGAUGCAGACCUAGAAGAAAGACUUAAGAACCUUCGGAGAGACUGACCACCUACCCUGCCACUAGAGAAGAGGCAGAAUGGACACCCAGCAUCUUUAUCACACCCAUCUGUAAUAAAUGAAAUUGAAUGCUAACCCUCAA